UUUAAUCUCUUCCGGCGUUGGCUCUGCUCUGCUUCUCUUUGUUUGGGGGAUGAAAGCUUGAAGCUCUUCCCGAGCCUUCCGUUGCUUUCACUGCCCCUAUCUCUCUCUUCCCCCACCGUUCUCUCAUUCUUGGCGGCCUCCUGUCGCCUACAGCUGCAGCUUCUCCCGCUCCUGCAGCUGCUCCGUUGUUGCCCACCCGAAGUACAAUAAUAAAAGAGGGUAUUACAGUGGAGCUGCUUUCAGUUGGUGGCCAGUGCAGGAGAUAUAAUCAAUGGCAGUAAUACCCUUUGGAAGCACAUGUGUUGCUCAGUGGGGUAUUCGGCCUCAGCUUUCCCUCAGGUCUUAUGCCACGAACGGGGGACCUGCGUUAGAGUUCCGUUUUACUAGUAGCACGAGGCCCUUGGAAGCACGAUCUUCAAGCUUAUUCUCCCGGUGUUCAUUGCCUUUGUCUUUUUAUGCGGGUUCAUCUCGGAAUUCACCUCAACGUAGGGGCAUGAGAUUCGUUGUUAGAGCAGAUGCUGAUUAUUAUUCUGUUCUUGGGGUAUCGAGAAAUGCCAGCAAAUCUGAAAUUAAAAGCGCAUAUCGGAAGCUUGCAAGGAACUAUCAUCCAGACGUGAACAAAGAACCUGGGGCAGAACAAAAAUUCAAGGAAAUAAGCAAUGCUUAUGAGGUCUUAUCAGAUGAUGAGAAACGAUCCCUUUAUGACAGGUAUGGAGAGGCCGGGCUUAAAGGCGCUGGAAUGGGCAUGGGACAGGACUUCAGCAACCCCUUCGACCUGUUUGAGUCGCUCUUUGAGGGCAUGGGGGGAAUGGGAGGCAUGGGGGGAAUGGGAAUGGGAGGCCGAGGCUCUCGCAACCGUCCUGUGGACGGGCAGGAUGAGUAUUACAACCUCGUUCUCAACUUCAAAGAGGCUGUCUUUGGGGUUGAGAAGGAGAUUGAGAUAACUCGCCUUGAGAGCUGCGGGACCUGCAAUGGCUCCGGAGCAAAACCUGGGACCACCCCAUCGAAAUGCACAACCUGUGGGGGGCAGGGACAGGUCGUGUCCUCCACACGGACCCCUCUAGGCGUCUUCCAGCAGGUGAUGACCUGUUCUUCGUGCGGAGGGAGUGGACAGAUCUCCACCCCUUGUGGGACCUGUUCUGGGGAUGGACGGGUCAGAAGGACAAAGAGAAUAAGCCUCAAGGUCCCCCCGGGAGUGGAUUCAGGGAGUCGGCUCAGAGUCCGGUCUGAAGGGAAUGCAGGGAAGAAGGGCGGGUCUCCUGGAGACCUCUUUGUGGUCAUUGAUGUUGUCCCUGACCCUGUCCUCAAACGGGACGACACAAACAUCCUGUACACUUGCAAGGUGUCCUACAUUGAUGCCAUCCUAGGGACCACAAUCAAGGUCCCAACUGUCGAUGGGAUUGUUGACCUUAAGAUACCCGCUGGGACCCAGCCCAACACAACCCUGGUAAUGGCGAAGAAGGGGGUCCCCUACGUUAACAAGAGCAGCAUGAGAGGGGACCAGUUGGUUCGGGUACAGGUGGAGAUCCCGAAGAGGUUGAGCAGCGAAGAGAGGAAGCUGGUCGAGGAAUUAGCCGACCUGAGUAAAGGGAAGGCCGCUGCCAGCAGGAGAUAGUGGCCAUCUAUAGUUUUGGAAUUUUAGCUUGUUUUUGUAUUUUCCUACUUAACUCAUAUAUAUAUAUAUUUUGACAUCAAUCAUUUGAUCAUAAGUCUGUUAGAUUGGGAAGGGGAAAAGCCAUGUACGAUCAGUACAAGGUCGGUCUGCCAUUUAUGGGAAUGAGGGAUAAGAUCAGAACAAUUAAUAGGUUACUGAGAGAAUCGAAAUUUUGAUGUUCUUUUGAACAA